AGCUCGGAGACCCUAGUUCAAAUUCCUCCAGAAGUGUGCAAUAAGCAGACACCUCUGAACAGGUUCAUUCCGUAAUAUUUUGAUUACUAACCGAUUUUCGUUAAGAAGAGCAGUGCUGCUGACUUUCAGUGGAUCUCCCUGCGAUGGAGAUUGUCCCUCCGUUGCCAUGGGAGGGAGAGGAGGGCCGGAAGUGAAGGCUGGUUGCUAAGAGGGAGUGAUGUCAGCGCGCGGCCCGCGCAGGCGCAGAAGUGGGACGGGCGAUGGUGGAGUGAUGUGUGUUUGCUGUCGUUGCUGAAUCUCAGUGAGGGUCGCUGGCCAGCUCAUUUUCACAUCGUCCCCUUCUUUAGACACGACUUGUGCUGUAGAGGAUGGCUGUAAAUUGGAUUGGGAGCCUUGUUUCUAUUAACUGUGGUGAGACGCUUGGAGUGUAUCAGGGAAAAAUUUCUGCAGUGGAUCAAGCCAGUCAGACAAUCUCUCUAACACAGCCAUUCCGCAAUGGAGUGAAAUGUUCAGUUCCCGAGUUAACGUUUAGUGCAAUUGAUAUCAAGGACCUGAAAAUAUUAGACAUCCCACAUACACAGAUGAACACCGGCUUGAUUCAGCCUUCUGUGAUCACGACCACCAGCUUGUCACACGGUACUUACUCCUCUCCGAAUGGUGCCGGCAAAAGUAUAAAGAAACUAAACACUUCAGGAAGUGCCCCACAAACAAUUCCACGCCGUGCGGAACCUAAGGUUCAGGACUUAGUCACAUCUCCCCAACAGUAUUCUAAAAGUUAUGUGGACCGUCAUAUUGAUUCAGCCCUUACUCCGUCUAAAGCGUUUCGUCGGAGGCAUAAUUCCUGGUCCUCAAGCAGCAAGAUUCCAAAUCAAGCCACGCCAAAGAAAAAUGGAGUAAAGAAUGGACCAAUGAAAAAUAAAGACGAUGAGUGUUUUGGGGAUGGAAUUGAAGUAUUCCUUGACACAGACUUUGAUUUUGAAGGCAACCUAGCACUCUUUGACAAAGCAGCAGUCUUUGAAGAGAUAGACACUUUUGAAAGGAGGAAUGGAACACGGUCCCGAGGAACACCGAAUGAGAAGCCGACGAGAUACCGCCAUGAUGAGAAUAUUCUGGAGUCUGAGCCUAUUGUCUACAGGCAAAUCACAGUGCCACAGCAUAGUGGCAAAGAAUAUUGCACCGAUUCUGGAUUGGUUGUCCCUAGUAUUUCUUACGACUUGCACAAGAAGUUGCUGGCUACUGCUGAAAGGCAUGGCCUGUCACUGGAGCGCAGACUGGAAAUGACUGGAGUGUGUGCCAGCCAAAUGACACUAACACUGCUUGGGGGACCUAACAGGUUAAACCCCAAGAAUGUUCACCAGCGUCCAACCGUCGCCUUGUUGUGUGGACCACACGUGAAGGGUGCUCAGGGGAUCAGCUGCGGUCGCCACCUUGCCAACCACCAGGUACAGAUUAUCCUGUUCUUGCCUAACUUUGUGAAGAUGCUGGAGUGUAUCACCACAGAACUGCAACUCUUUAGCAAGACAGAAGGGAAACAGGUGGCCAGUGUGAAAGACUUGCCAGAUACUCCUGUUGACUUGGUGAUCAAUUGUCUUGACUGUCACGAGAACCCGUUUCUUCGCGAGCAGCCAUGGUACAGAGCAGCUGUCGAAUGGGCCAACCAGAAUAGAGCUCCAGUGUUGAGCAUCGACCCGCCUGUGGGUGAAUUGGAGCAUGUCAUUGAUGCCAAGUGGUCUCUCGCUGUCGGCCUACCUUUGCCGUUGGGGGAAAGUGCAGGGCGGGUGUAUCUCUGUGAUAUUGGGAUACCAAAGAAGGUUUUCCAGGAAGUGGGAAUCUCCUAUCACUCACCUUUUGGUUGCAAGUUUGUCAUACCUUUGCAUUGUGCGUAGUGGUGGCUUAGUGCCCGAGAGGAAAACCAUGCAGGCCAUAGAACAGCUCGGCAAACUGGAGAAGAAUAUAGAAGUGUUACAAGCCUUAAUGUACAGCUGACUUGGAUUUCAAUAAUAUAGUUGCAGGAGAUUGUUUAUGAAGCGGAGCAAGCAUCAUGUGUCCUGUUGCGACUGGUGCCGUACCAUGAUCCGCUAAGGGAUGACAGUAUCAAAGGUUACUACUGGUUUGCAUUUUUGCCUUGUCCCUGCGCACACUACUGUGCCUUUGCUGUGAAGGCUGUGCACGGUAUUGUCACAUUCAAGACAUUUUUAUAGGCAGGGUUGAAAUGGGCACCCACCCAUGAAUGAGUUUGCUGUGUUUAGUAUUCUUACUAUUCAACCAGUUUUUUUUUGAAGGGAUGGAAACUGCUGAAAGGAACUUUGAAGUAGGAAGAUGUUCAUUAAGAAGUGCAGUAAUUAUCACACUUGUGGUUUCCUUCAAAUUCUAUGCACCGUUUAGGAAUGAUCACUGGUGGGUUUUUUUUUGCCACGAGCAGAUGGCUUAAGACAAGCUUUCAAACCUUGUGGUUUUUAUGAAGCUAAAAUGUGUUUAUUUGUGGUGAAACAUGAUAUUUGUAGAAUAUCAAAAUGCCUAUAGUUGUGAUCUUUAACAUGCACUAACAGCGCCCCCUUGUGCAGCCAAGGCUUAAAAUCAGCUCCUGCAGUGAGGCGUUUUGGAUGGAUGAAAAAGAGCCUUUAGUUAUUUCUGCCUUCCUGAACUUAAUGGCUGAUGAAUGCUUGGAGUUCUGACAGUUUCAGUAGUUCCUAUUGACACGCUCCACAUCCCACUUCACUUCAAAAAAGCAUAAAUACAAGAGUGUCAAUCAUUGUAUCAGCUCCAUUUUGCCAAUGAUAGGUUCAGAUUUCUACUAGAUAUGAUACUGUUUUGAAUGGAAUGGACUGCCAUGUCUUACAUUGAGCAAGGUGCAUGCCUUAUUAAUGUUGAUUCUUAGAUGGGUCCACUGCACUGAAUAUUUGUCUUAUAUUGUUAAGUGUCAAUUUCUUCAACCUACCAGUUGAAGGAAUAGGAUAAGUCGGGUUCCUGAUUUGUUUGCCAAGCUCAUUAUUUAAAAUAAUUUAAUGUACCUGCACAACAAUUGGGGACCAUGAGAUCAGUAGACUUUUUUAAAUUUUAAAGCCAAUAGUGAAUUUGGCACUUCCAGCACCUGGGUUUUUGUAUUUCUGGCAAAGGCACUGGGUAAAACCUUACUGAUAAAUACAACUGCUAGGAAGAAGUGAGAUUGUGGAAAAGGAAUGUCAAUAUUGCAUUGAACGUUCAGCUGAACCUCUGUGGAUAAACUUGGAAUUGAACUCCAAAAGUUUUUACUUGGAUAUGCAGCGAGUUGGAGGCAGCUGAAUGAAUACCCUUUUCCUUGUGCUCCUGAUGUGUCUCAGUAUUUCUAAUUGCUUUUUAAUGCAUGACUGGCGUAGUGUAGCAAACAUAUUUUCUGGUAUCAUAGAUAAGCAUUUGAAGUACGACCACCAAAGUAGGGUGGGAGUUUUACUUGUGUUAUUUUCACUAAUGUUUAAAAGAAGUGGUACAGAUAUCAACUGCCCCAGACCCUCAAGUUUAGUUAGUUAUAUCGUGUUCCAUUCUUUUCUAUGACAACACGCAAAGUUGCUAUCAUUAUUUUAGACUUGGCGACCAUUUGGUUUUCCAGUGCGACCAGAGUUGGUCCGUGAGAAAAUGUCUGAGGUUCCACUUGAAUUUUGUAUCUGUUCUUGUGUGUAUAAAUUCUUUGUUCUUCAGCUCCCAGUAUUUCAUUCCCCAUCUUGUUUUUUGCUUGGACAAUCUUAUUUGAUCACUGGAAAGCACGGGAGUUGGAGAAAGGACAGUAAUUGUAGAGAACACAGUUUGCUCAUUCCCAUCCAUUGGAGAUCAGAAAUGCAGUUUCUUGACUGGAGCAGGAUCACCUGUGGCCUAAAUUCUUUGGAGACAGAAAAUCAAUGCAGCUUCAUUACUGACCUUAUUCUGGUAAAGAGAAAAUUAGAAUGUUUCCUUGAAGAUGCUCCUUUAGUCUUCCCUCUGCAGUGUUCUUCAUACUUGGUGAGAGUUGAUAACAAUGCAUUUAUCACUAUUCUCAGAGGCUGAUUUGAUUUGCAAGUAUUUAUCUUCAACUGCAAUUCAAAUCCACUGAAGCCUCUUGAAGCUGCUCCCUGUAGUGCAUGACAGAUCUUUGUGCUUUAAUAUUUGCCCAGAUUUUUGGUAGAAUAAAGACAAAUUAUUUUUUGUGCAACUGGGAAGAGUGUGGCCACCUACACAAUAUGAUGGUACUUCAAGCCAGUUUAAUUCUUUAACGGAAUCUACAGCCUUUCAUGCUUCCCUCUGCUUUGAGCAACAGUGGUCAGUAAAAUAUGUUCAGUAGCUUGAAUCAAGCCAUUGCAACAAAUUAAGCUAACUUUAUUUUUUUGUUUCCCUGAUGUACUUUUGGUUCCAUUUUGGAGGAGGGCUGUAUUUGCUCAAGUAGUGAAUAUAGAUGACCUGCUUUUGAAGUCAAAGCAAUCUGAUGCUGGUCAUCACUGGACACGGGCUGAGUUAACACAGGACCCUUGCUGUGAUCGCUUUGGUAAAACUAAUGAUUCAGUUGGCUUCAGUGAUAUUUAGCUCUCCUGUUCAGAUCUGAUGAAACAUCAGCAAUAUACCCGUUUCUCAGGGCCUCCAAUUCUUUGUGACUGCAGUGUUUAGGUUUAAUGAUUAACAUUUGCUUGCUGUUGUGACAUUGUUAUUUGAGCUCUGAGUUGAACAGUAGAGUUUUCUUUCAGGCCACAGCAGUCUCACCUCUGCAGUCACUGCACAAUAUUAUGACUGCGGUGUUUAAAAGCACAAAACGUUUGUGCGUAAUUUUCAUUGACAAAAGAAUGUAGAUAAGCUUUACUUAAAAAGGACGUUUCCACAAUUGUAUGGAAGUGAAUUUAUCACUUGUAAAACUGGACACAGACUGAGUGAGAACAUACAUGCCGGGCUUGCACAAGGCAUCAGCAUUUGAAUAUCCGAAUCAAACUACCACAAUAGUGCUAGAGGUGUGCUUUCAAUACAACAAAUAUAUAUGGUAUUUCUGGAAAGCAGUAUCUGCAUGUAAGUGUUUUCCCACUCAAACUUUGAGCAUUGGCUGUCUUUGCCAAGACUAUUUCUUUUUUUUAAGCCAAAUAACAUGUUUUGUUAAAACUGUUUAAUUUUCUCUAGUGAUUCCCACAGGCAACAAAAAUAGACUCUACGACAUGGCGGUGACUAUAACCAAACUUCGGGCGCUGAUGGAGUGUCAACCUCUGAAAAUGUAAGCUAGGUCUGUCACAUUAUUUCAAGAAGUCCUCCAACAACAUUGAGCUCUCAAUACCCUGAGCUGAUUGUUCAUGGCAGACAAGCGGAAUCCAAACAUCCUGUGCUUUUGUUCCAGGCAGAUAGAAAACAUGGGCCAUUCUCCAAUGUAUACCACCCUAUACUUUUAACUAAGUCUCUGGUUUAAUGCCACAGCACUGCAUUUCCUUUCUUCCCUGUUCCAGAUGAACAUAAUGGCCCUGUAUAUGGACAAAAUUGUGUUUUUUUUUCCCUUGGACAGGGGUUUUAAUAAGUCCCUGUGGUGGAGAUCCUUGCAAAAAGAGAGGAAGAACACAAGCCUGGAUUAAUUUUUGCUUAUUUAACAAAAUAAUAAAUCUGGCAAGCAGAACAGAAUUUGGGAAUCCUCAACCUUUCAGGUCAUUUUGUGUUAUGACAGCACUGACUUGAGGAGCCAGGAAGUUUUGAAGCGGUAAUUUUAGAUCUAGAAAGUGAACAAAAUAGUUAUUUUUAGUGAAAUGUAUUAGAUCAGCAGUACAAGGAAAUAACAAACAACUUGAAUUAUCAGGUGUUUAGUUCUUUGCCUCGCUUUGUUUUUGCACUCAAAAUGCAUUAACUCCUUCCCACCAUCCUAUUCAGGAGGGAGUGUCCCCCAAAUGAUGCCCUGCUAUCUGAAAUAUACAAGAAAGGGUAUGUUGCUGAGCAGUGCAUCUUCAACGACUACUUAAAAGUGCCAUAUGGUGUUCUUUUGAAUAGCCUCUGUUAAUUGCUCAUGUUUUACCCUCCACAUUUUUUGCUGAUUCAGGUGGUUAGGGGGAACCAGGGAAGAAAUAAGUUUAGCCUUCUGUUUCUGACUAAUUUCUAGUUACCAUUCAGUGCAAAUUACUGUGGGAUGUUGAGUGAGGUCAAGUUUGAAUUCUAAAUUGGCAGCUGUUUUCUAGCAGGCUCUUGAGGAAUGAAUGGCUACUUGAGGGACUGCAGAGCCAUCUGAAGUGGGUCACCAAGUUGCAAUCGUUAGUUUAACCAGAAGUAAUGGUGUCUGUAUCUUGGUAAUAAUCCUGGCCUCUUCUGGAACAUGAGAGCUUUACAAGUGAUUCCACACCUUAAUGGUGCAAUCGAUGUAAUUUGGUGGAAAAUGCUGCUAGCAGUUGUCUUCAGUGGCCAAUAACAGGUGAAACAUCUUUUUUUUAAGAAAGGAAAAUUAACUUUUUCACUGUGAACAUAAUUAUCAAAAUUCAUGCUCAGAAGUAGGAAAAAAUAGAGAACAUAAUAGUCAGGUCACUGGAACCCAGCAUUUCCCUAGAAGGCCUUGUUUGAUCACUACAGCUUACAAAACUUGAUUCUUACAGUAUUUCAGCAUUAAUGCUUAAUUUUCCUUUUUUUUUUAUGUUUACAAAUCUUCGACCCACUGUGCAUCACCAAAAAUUUAUUGGUAACAGGAAGUCCAGCUCUUUCCCAGAUAAUCGCACGUGUGCUCAGUGGAAGUACUCCCAUUAAUCAAGCUUUGAGGAGUAUAUUGUGUUACAGCAGUGUUAAAUAUUGUACUGUGCAGGUACAAGUAAUCACCAGUGCUGCUUUUCUCCCCUCUCCCUGCUGCUUUAGUAUUGCAGUUGCAAUCGCUGAUAGCUCUUGGAAAAACAACUGUUAAUGUUUGUUCGAAGUUGCUUUUUUAACUGUACACUUAAAUAGACUGGUAUACUGUGAGGUGGUGAUCUUAUGAUUGAAGUAUAAUAUUUUUCAGUAACAAUUCAAAAGCAGGCUUAUGUUAGUGGUAGCUGAUUUAUCGUAUUGAAGCCAAAAUACUUUGAUUCACACGGCAUCUCCUGUCUUGUACUUCCUGCACGGUAUCCAGUUUAUCUGAACACUGGACUUUGAGCACUAGAACUAAUGCACAUCAACCUUUUACUGUACCAGUUUAUUGUAUUUGUAAGGUUCUAAGUGAUUUGUGACCAAGAUGUUUUUGUGGAUGUGUUUUUGUUUCGGUGUUGACUGACAUUUACAAAAGGUAAAUCUGUUGUCUCAUGAUUUUCGAUUCAAAUACUGCCGUGUGUUCAGGAAGGUACGUGAUUUCUCAUUGCUGGAACUAAAGAUCUAAAUAAAGACAAAUUUCUGUUGA